AUUACCAAAGUCAGUCAACAAUAUUGAUUCAUCUAAAAAUUCUAAAACUAAAACGUAAAAAACCUUUAAACCUUCUUCUAGACAAAAAGCAAUGUUACUAAUUGUAUUUUAAUAAAUUUAUUAUUCUUUUUGCUUCAUAAGAGUCUCUUAAGUUUCCUCAUGAUACGUCCAUUUGUGUUAUAGUGAAAAUGAAUGUUGAAACUAACAGAUUAAAUACUUUUACAAACUGGCCUGCAUGUGCCGUGAUAAAUCCUGUAAGAAUUGCGAAAGCGGGUUUCUUUUACACGGGACAAGGAACUGAGGUGCAAUGUUUUAGCUGCCGUGGAAAACUUGCAGAAUGGAAUUGUGGAGACCAAGUAAUGGCGCGACAUCGUUUGAUGUAUCCUAAUUGUCAAUUUGCAAAAAACCCGCGAUUGUCCGGUAACGUCCCGAUAACGCCUUUCGAAGAUUCCCCUGAAGAUUUUGAUGAUCCCUUAGAAGAUUCACCACCGAGAUCUUCAUCUAAUGAUCAAAAUAAUGAUGAAUCUUCUCAAGAUUAUGGUCGUACUGAACAGGAUGAUAUGUAUAAAACUGAUAUUCUUCGGUUGCUUUCAUUUACUAAUUGGACCGACACUUCAGUAUCUCAAGAGGCAUUAGUAAAUGCCGGCUUCUAUCAUGUGGGCGAGGGCCGUCUUCGUUGUGCUUGGUGUGGAGGUGAACUUGCACCAUUUAGAAACUUUGGUUCAUUGGGACCGCCCCUUGAAGUACAUAGGAUGUACUUCCCCCGAUGCGCGCAUGCUCGAUCUCUCGAGACCGCGCAGCGCAACAACCACGGUAUGGUGCCGACCCGGUCCUGGGUCGACGCUGACGUGCCUGACAACACUGAUAAUAAUCAGCCUCAAUCUUCUGGAGCGGCUCAGAACGAACGCGUAGUGGCCGCGGGCAGUUCAUGGCGGUCACUGGGCGUGGUGGGGGGCGGGGCGCGGCACGUCGCCUAUGCUUCGCUCGCCUCUCGCCUGCAGACAUUCAACCACUGGCCGGCGAACCGCGCGCAGGUGCCCAAGGCAUUGGCUGAGGCUGGAUUUUAUUAUACAGGAGUGGAUGAUCAGGUGCGCUGUUUCUACUGCGAUGGCGGGCUGGGCAAGUGGGAGGCUGGUGACGCUCCGUGGACGGAGCACGCGCACUGGUUCCCGCACUGCGGCUACGUGUUGCUCGUCAAGGGUCAAGACUUCGUGGAAUCAUGUCGCAGCAUGGCCGUGCAGCGCACUUUGUCAGCUGACAGUGGUCUCAGUACAAGACGACGUAAUCCAGGUUCUAAUUUUUCAGUCACCGACAGUCAGGUGGACGCGUGUAUGGAGAGCGGGACAGCGCUGGCUGCGCUGGGUGCGGGACUGGACGCGGCCCGCGUGCGCCGCGCGCUCGUACGAAGACUGCGCACCACUGGUCUGCCGUUCAGUUCAUCGGAGGCUCUGAUAGACGCAGUGCUGGAUGAGCAGCUGAACGAAGAGUCGUGGAGUGUGGCGCCGCAGAGCCAGCGCCUGGCGAGGGAUAUCCUGGCUGAGACAUUGAGCGAUUUCGUGCCUGCCUCUGGCACUAGACUCAUGGCACCGCCGCGACCAGUAGACGAAUCAGAGAGUCGAUCUGAAUCUGACAGUUCUGCAUCUUCAACACCAGCGGUUAGAAAUCUAGCUCCUCCUAGAAGGAGAGACAUAACACCGUCUAGAGGAUCCCUGAUACAGACCAGAGGUGAUAGAACUCACGCACGCUCUUACAGCUCCAGCAAAGAUCGGAAAAAUAGUGGUGAUAAAAAGAGAGCACCAAGUCCCGCUCCGCAGAAGAAGGAAUUGACUCUAGAGGAAGAGAACAGGCAGCUAAAAGAAGCCAGGCUCUGCAAAGUCUGUAUGGAUAGUGAGGUGAGCGUGGUGUUCCUGCCGUGCGGACACCUGGUGUCGUGUGCGGGAUGCGGCGCUGCGCUGUCGGCCUGCCCGCUGUGCCGCGGCGCCGUGCGCGCUCUCGUCCGCGCCUACCUCGCCUGACCUUCCGCCCAAGACUCCAGUACGGAAGGAGAAUCACGUUGCAACAUGUCCCGGGCUCGGCGCGCUCUGGCAGACGGCACGUAUAAGUGCAUUGCUAUUUAAAAUAUAAGAAUAACUUCAUUAGAUUAAACUAAUUUUACGUAUAUCUCCCAAUUAAAUAUAAAACCACUACUUGAACCAAAAAUCACAUUUAAAACUGUGACGACACUAUGCAAUUUUUAAGAAAGGAUUGUUUUUAUUUUAGUACUUAAAAUUACUUUAAUUCGAUGUCUAACAUCUAUACAAUUAUUAAAAUGAAAAAAAAACUAAAGUCUUAGCAUUUAAACACGCGGGUCUAAAUUUCUUUAUGAUUUAAGGUUUGUUGACUAAUUGUUUGAUGCAAUUGUAAGUCGAUGUGUAUACAACGAUGCUGUAACAUUUUAUAAAUUGUUUAUAGCCUGAAUGGAAAUAUUAAAUACAAAAAAAAUUGGUGA